UGUGUCUCCGUCUCAGGUGUGCAGUGUGUCCAUCAGGUGUCAUGGCUGCCCUGUCAGUUCACUGAUGAACAUGCGUUUGUGAAUAACGAGGGUCACAACGAUAUUAAGCAUAGCCACAGAGACGCUAUGCUGCAGUUUGGUCAAAAAGGAGACGCUCCAGUUAAUCCAUAUGCCAUCACUUUCCUGAUUACCGGAUCUAAGUUGGACCUGCGGCGGUACAUUGAAGGAGUGGAAGCGGAGCAGUUGGAGUGUGAGCUGCAUCGGUACAGUACAGAGGGCAACUAUGUCCGCUGGCCAGUCCAGAAGGGGGCCCAGGAGUACAACCGUUGGUUCAUCUGCAUCCUCAGAGACAUCAAGGGCCUGUUCACAGUCACCAGCUUCCUCAGACACCCCUCUGACCAGCCCGCUCCAGGACAGCACGACUACCGUAAAUGGCCUGCCAUCGGGGACAGAGACGUACUCAUCACAACAGUCGCCGUGGUCGUAAACACACAAUCUCCAUCGGUGACAGCAAGGCUGGGCUCCAAGCAAAAGCUCCACUGUCAGUUUGCUGUUGACCACAAAGUACCGGACGUCACUGUGGAGUGGCACCAGAAAGUUCCCAAACAUAUAACCAGACUCUUCAGUUAUAACAGCCGCUCAGGACCGGCCCAGGGGACUGGGGUUGAGCUCAGGGGCCUGGCAGGCGGCGAUGCUUCCUAUACUCUCCCCGUCUCCAAUAUGAGCAGUGAAGGGACGUACACUUGUUCAGUGUCGGUGAAUCCAGUGGUA